AUGCCUUCAUAUUUGCGAAACUUCACGUUAUACAGCAGUUUUAUACUGCUUGGCCUCUCACAUCUGAUAGCUGCACACGGCGAAGACGAACCGGAUAUGGAUAUGAGCAUGCAAAUAAGUUCUAUAGCUUCAGCUACAGCUACAAUUUCACCUGCCAUGAAUAGUACCGCGGUGGCCGAACCCUCGAGUUAUUUUCGACAUUCUGAACAUGGAGGUCUCAUGGUAGCUCAUAUCAUACUGAUGACCAUAGGAUGGGUAUUCGUUCUGCCAAUAUGUGUGAUGCUAUCCAUUUCUCGAUCUCGAUUAAGUCUCCCUACUCAACUUACAUUCCUGGCUUUAAAUGGCUGCGGUCUUAUCUGCAGUAUAAUCUAUAAUGCCUCUACCCCAGACCUUUAUCCGAACAAUGUACAUCAUAAAUUGGGGUGGUUUUUGGUUUGCAUAGUAACUGUGCAAGUGGUGAUUGGAGUGGUCAGUGCCUACGCGGGGCGCAGAGGCGAGGAAAUACAGGAGAAAUCUGGGUAUAUUCCGGUUUCAAGAGAAGCAAUGGCAGAGCAUACCCGUAUGCAUGAAGGACCUCAAUCUGUCACUAGAUUUUCGGAUGAUAGUGGUCAAGGUACGGAACCAAAUACUGGAUCCUCACAAAGUCAAUCGAUAUCUUUGUCUGGGGAUGAUGAAAAUACGCUACAUGAAUCAGAAAAGGACGAGCCGGAAAAAGUGGGUUUGAUGGAAGGUACCCGGGUGGAUCAAUAUUUAUCGAAACGACUUCCAGGAUCACUUCCUGUACGUCUUUUGCGCGUUAUUCGAUUUGUAUAUGAUGUUAUAGAUAGAAUCAUUCUUCUAUUGGGCUUCGCUAUUCUCACGUCUGGAUUCGUCACAUAUGGUGGUUUAUUCAAAGGUGCCGAGAUUUACAGUGGUCUUGCACACUUUAUUAAGGGUGGAGUUUUUUUUUGGUAUGGAAUCUUGACUCUUGGUAGAUGGGCAGGCUGUUUCGCCGAAAUUGGCUGGUCCUGGAAUAUCAAACCUCGUAAUGAACGGCGGUUCUCUCCAACUGCUGAAUUUGUGGAAAGUUUCCUCAUUUUUCUCUAUGGCUCUACAAAUGUUUUCCUGGAACAUCUAGCUGCUUGGGGGAAUGCAUGGAGUGCACAAGAUCUCGAGCACAUUUCAAUCACCUUCAUGUUCAUUGGUGGUGGACUGUGCGGUAUGCUCAUCGAAUCAAACAAAAUUCGCAACUUUUUGAAUGCAACGGCUCAACAAUCAUCAUCUCAAAUGUCCCCCUAUCAUACAGAAGCGCAGGAACCAAAAACCUAUAGAUUUUCAAUGAAUCCUAUACCAGCGUUAGUCAUCAUGCUAUUAGGAAUGAUGAUGAGCUCACACCACCAACAUUCAAUGGUCUCAACCAUGAUCCAUAAGCAAUGGGGAACUCUACUUGUGAGCGCCGCAUUUGCGCGUGCGGCUACUUAUGUCGUGUUUUAUCUUGCGCCACCCAUUUCGAUAUUCCCAGGCAGACCCCCGACCGAAAUCAUUACUGCCUUCUGUUUGAUGGCUGGAGGUUUUAUUUUUAUGGCUAGUAGCAAAGAUACGGUCAAAUCAAUUGAACUGAACGGCCUAGAUGCGAUGUUCAUUUUUACCGUCUCGAUGGGUCUUAUUACAUUCCUCAUGGCUUGGAUUAUUUCAGUGGUUGCGAUCAAAGGAUGGGCGAUAAGAAAGGAGAAGAGGUGGAGUGGUGGGUAUGGGGUGGAAGUAAAUGCAUAG